UCUACGGAUCUUUUUCCUAAUUUAAAUCUGAAUUUAUUAUUUAUUUAUUCCUUGGAGAUAAGUGGCAUGACACAGCAGCUCUUCGAUAUCUCCGAUAAAUAGAGACCGUAGUGAGCUCCCAAAGGCUAUAACUCACGAGCCUCCCCAGAAACCUCAAAUACCGAUCCAUUUCCCGGCGAUAAUCGACGAUCUAGAUCCGAUGGCGAAGGAACCAGUUCGCGUUCUCGUUACCGGUGCUGCAGGACAAAUUGGAUACGCUCUUGUCCCUAUGAUUGCGAGAGGUAUCAUGCUUGGUGCUGACCAGCCUGUGAUCCUCCACAUGUUGGAUAUUCCUCCUGCUGCUGAAGCACUCAACGGUGUCAAGAUGGAGUUGAUCGAUGCUGCUUUCCCCCUUCUCAAAGGUGUUGUUGCUACAACUGAUGCCGUUGAGGGAUGCACUGGAGUCAACGUUGCUGUUAUGGUUGGUGGUUUCCCGAGGAAAGAAGGAAUGGAGAGGAAGGAUGUUAUGACCAAGAACGUCUCCAUUUACAAGUCUCAGGCUACUGCUUUGGAGAAGCAUGCCGCUCCAAACUGCAAGGUUCUUGUUGUUGCAAACCCUGCAAACACCAACGCAUUGAUCCUGAAGGAAUUUGCACCAUCCAUCCCUGAGAAGAACAUUACCUGUCUGACAAGGCUUGACCACAACAGGGCCUUGGGUCAGAUCUCCGAGAGGUUGAGCGUGCCCGUGUCUGAUGUUAAGAACGUGAUCAUCUGGGGAAACCACUCAUCCUCACAGUACCCAGAUGUCAACCACGCUAAGGUGCAGACAUCGGCUGGAGAGAAGCCAGUCCGUGAGCUCGUCAAGAACGAUGAAUACUUGAAUGGAGAAUUCAUCACCACCGUUCAGCAACGUGGAGCUGCUAUCAUCAAGGCGAGGAAGUUGUCAAGUGCACUUUCUGCUGCUAGCUCUGCUUGUGACCACAUCCGUGACUGGGUCCUUGGAACUCCAGAGGGUACAUUUGUUUCAAUGGGAGUAUACUCCGAUGGUUCUUACGACGUUCCAGCUGGACUUAUCUACUCUUUCCCUGUCACUUGCCGCAAUGGAGAGUGGAGUAUUGUCCAAGGGCUUCCGAUCGAUGAAAUGUCAAGGAAGAAGAUGGAUUUGACAGCAGAGGAGCUGAAGGAAGAGAAGGACUUGGCCUACUCAUGCCUCUCUUAAACAACCAAUACUCUUCUUCUGAAGCCAUUUUUCAUCUAUCAGGUGUGAGGUGUGAGAUCAUCAUAGCUGUUAGGGCUGUGUCUGAAUAAGAUCUCCAAACACUGUUUUGUAACCUCUUUGUGGGUUUGUCUUCGUAUUGAGCAUUGUCCCUGGUUUGUUUCUAAACCAGGAUAUCGUUUACUCUGGUUCAUGUGUCUUGUAUGGUUUUAUCCAUAAUAAUUUUUU